AUGGUGUGGAAGAGAACAAGAAGCCCUCAUUUCCUCUCCAACUUCUUCUGCUGCUGCUGCUGCAGAUCAAAACGCACAGCUCAUUCUUCUUCUUCAUCUUCAGAGGCAUCACUGCUGUUACAGAAGGAGGAAGACGAUGUGGUAAUUACAAAACCCGGCUGGAAAGCCAUGCCUUACAUUUUGGGGAACGAAGCAGUUGAGAAGAUGGCAACUUAUGGGCUCACAACGAACUUGAUGGUGUAUUUGGUGAGGGAGUAUCACAUGGAUCAGGUUUUUGCUGCAAAUCUUCUAUCUAUGUGGAUCUGUGCCCUAUGUUUGUUCACUGUUCUUGGUGCUUCUCUUGCUGAUACCUACCUUGGCAAAUUCCGAACGAUUCUUUUCGCUUCCUUUGCAAGUCUUUUGGGCAUGACGACAAUAACUGUGACAGCCUCUGUGCCGCAACUGAGACCUCCCCCUUGCGAUCUUGGUCAGCAUUGCAUCUCCAGCACGAAAAUCCAGUUGUGGAUUUUGAUAAUGGGUCUAAGCUGGUUAGGCAUAGGCAGUGCUGGGAUUAGGCCAUGUAGCCUUCCAUUUGGACUUGAUCAGUUUGAUACUUCAACUGUGGAAGGAAGACUAGCAACCCAUAGCUUCUUAAAUUGGUAUUAUACCUCAGGUACAUUGGUUGUACUGAUCAAUCAAGUCUUCCUGGUGUACAUUCAAGACUCUGUGAGUUGGGCUCUGGGAUUUGGCAUACCUACCCUGCUCAUGAUGUUAUGUGCAAUUCCUUUAUUUUUGGUUGGAUCAAACAUUUACGUGUGUGUGAAGCCAGGAGGUAGCAUAUUCUUAAGCUUCGCGCAAGUUCUUGUUGCGGCAUACAAGAAGCGCCAUCUUAAGGUUCUAAAUGAUGAAAGGGUACAGGGGGUUCUGUUUGAUGGUUCAUUGGAUGGGAAUGCAGUAGUGUCGAAGCUUCCUCUAUCUACUCAAUCUAGCUUCUUGAAGAAAGCGGCCCUAGUGGUGGAUAAUGACCUUAAAGAUGGAUUAUCUGUAAAUGCAUGGAGGCUUUGCACCAUUCAACAAGUUGAAGAUGUAAUGUAUGUGAAAAAAACUCUCCCAAUAUGGGCAUCUGGUGGCAUCUUCUUGCUCGCUUUCGUACAAGAAGGUACAUUUAUGGUAUCACAGGCCCUAAAAAUGGAUCGUCAUAUCGGAACCAAACUCCAAAUGCCAGCAGGUGCGAUCAAAAUGAUGUCAUUGAGCAUUAUAAUUAUAUGGCUCCCAUUGUACGACCGCGUCAUACAACCAGCCCUGAAAAGGAUCACUAAAUCUGAAGAUGGGAUCCCAACUCUGAAAAAGAUAGGAAUCGGGUACAUCUUCUCAAUUCUAUGCAUGUUGGUGGCUGGACUAGUUGAGCAACAGAGAAGAACUCUGGCUACAUUACAUGGUGAAUCACCAAAUGGGGUUGCACCAAUAUCCGUUUUCUGGCUGUUUCCUCAGCUUGUGCUACUGGGGCUUAGUGAGGUGUUUGGGGCUCUUGGACACAUCGAGUUUUACAACAAGGAGUUUCCUGAGAAGAUGAAGAGUAUUGGGAACUCUCUGAUCUAUCUUUGCAUGGCCGGUGCGACUUAUUUGAGCAGUUUGGUGGUCACUAUUGUGCAUAGUUUUACCGGAAAGCAUGGCCAACCCAACUGGUUGGAUAAUGAUAUCAAUGCCGGCAGUUAUAAGGUUGGUCUAAAGACAGGGGAGAUCGUCCCGGAUGUGUAA